AUAUCUAUAGAUCUUUAUUUUAUAUAUAAGGUAUAAUCUUAUAGCUUGGGUUGGCAUUAACACAUUGGCAUUAACACAUUGAUGGCAUUAACACGUUGGCAUUAACACAUUGAUGGCAACUUCUCCCAUAGAAUAAGUUGCAAAGACGACCCUAGGGUGGGGGAGAAUGCUAAUAAUGAAAGGGUUAAGCUUCUAGGGAAAGGAAGGGAUGGGAUGGGUUUGGGGAGGUUUAGGAAUCUUCUAAUUGUGUAUAUAACAUUAUGGGCGCCGUAGAUCUUUCUGGGGAGAGGAGUUGUGUCUCUCCGAGGUGUUCUGUGGCCCAGAAGAGAUGGAGAACCAUAGCUCUGGGUUGCAUGGGGUUCCACAGAGCAAGAGGCAGGGGCUGACUCUGCAGAGGGCAGAGCCCCUGGGUUCUUGGGCUUUACUGGGGCAGCCAUGGACCAGGCUGAGGCAGGGGCAGCGCUGCCAGCCCUGGUAUCUUCUUGGAAGGUAACUGGCCUUCCCACUCCUGAAGGAGGGUUCCCCUGCCUGCAGCUGUGGUCCUGACUCUGAGGGGUAGGGGGCCUUCCUGGGAUCAGAGAACCCCAGUGGGCGGACCUGGGGGGCCCUUCGAGUUGCCGGAUCUGUGGCAAAUAACGAGGCACAAAGAGGCCAGGGGGUGAGUCCAAGAUCACUCAGCCAGGGAAUCUCAGAGCCUGUGGGCUGCUCCUGCCUGUGACUUUCAGUCCAGGCUUCUUUCCCCUGCCAGAAGGGCCGUGAGACCAGGAAGCCGAGACCUUCUGGAGGCUGUGAGGCUGCCUGUUGCUGCUUGCCUCUCGGCGCGUGGGUGAGGCGGAGGGGGUGCACAGAGCGGAGCCCGCAGCCUGGGUGGGCGUGUCAUCCUCACACCUCACUGCCUCCUGCCGCAUCACCUCCUGCUGCCUGCAUCCUCACAUUAGGCUGCAGCCAAGCAGUCAGGAAUUCUGAACACAGCAAAGACUCAGCGCUAAGAGCCUGCACUACAGGACGGGGCCACUAGAGGGAAGCAGGCAAGCCGCCGUGGUGGCUCUGGGAGAGAAGGAGCCGAGGGAAGAAGGGGCUUGGGGCAGAGUCCUGGGCACAGCAGACAGGGAGAGCGUCUGUGUCACUGUCACUGUCACAGUCAGUGAUGAUUUCUUCGGAGGGCCUCCCUGAGACAAAAGCAAACAAGACAUGUAAUGAUGGUAAUAGUCACUUAUGGUUACUCUCUGCCAGGCACUGUAUUAACUAAUCAGUCCUCACAACACUUGUGAAUAUUAUUCCCCUUUUGCAGGUGAGCAAAUAGAGGCCCAGAGAGAUUGAGAGAUCUGGCCAUCAGUGGGCUGGGGCCAGAGCCAGGGUCCCAAGCAUAAGGCUGUGCCAUAUCAGAUGCCUGGUUUUAAGUCCUCCAAUUCUUACAACCGCUACUAUGGUUAUACCUGCUUUAUGGGUGGGGAAACUGAGGCUCAGACGCAACUGGUGACCUACCGAGGUCUGUGCACCUGCUCAGUGACAGAUCCAGGUGGGUGUGGUUUCAUGGCCUGAGGUCUUAGCUCUGAAUUACAGUUCCCUCCGGUAGAGGUGUUUUCUACCCCAAUCCUGUGCCCUAAUCUGAGGGCGGCUGACUCUGAAGUCUGAGCUUCCUUUGGGCAGCGGGCUCCUGCCUUCCAACAGAAGUGACAGAUUCUGGGUCCCUAUGUCUAAGGCUCCCUGGAGGUAGGCUAUGUUAGAGGCUGCUAGGCGCCCAGGGAGGGGCUCUGGGGCUCACAGUCUGGCUUGGAGGAUGAGGGCAUUGAGGAGUCCCUUACAGUGGCCAAAGUUCCCCUGGGAACAAUGGGGCCGGGCCCCGGGGCCUCUGGUUUCCAGGGCAAAUGCCUCCGGCAUACCAAGGACGCUUGGCCCGCCUUGGGCCCAGCUCUGCCAGGCUGGCAGGAGAGCAGGGGCAUUUCCAGGAGGGCCUGACUUCCUCCAUCUUCCUGUUCCCAUGCCCUGCCUUUGCCCUCUUGGGGGGCCGGGCGAUGGCCUGCAGCUGGGCCUUCCUGCACAUUCCCCUUCUGGGUGCCUGGGCUGCACCUUGUGAAUCUGAGUCCUACUUUUUUAGGGAUUUAUAACAUCAAGAUGCUUUAGUUACUUCUGAUCUAUUGGCGAAGACAGCAGCUUUCAAUUCUCAACUUAAGUGUCUUUGGCUGGGAGUGGGGAGGGGAAGCAGGACGAGGGGGGCGGCGCUGAGAAACAAAUGAUCUCCUCCCGGAAAGAUGCUCUUCUUUAAAGAAAACCUUGAGUGAUUGUUUUUGGAACUGGAGUCCUAGAGUUGAGUGAAAUCUCCUUCAGGCUACCGGAAUCCGCGCUACCCCUCACUAGGGCCGUGAACGUGAGAAAAGUUAUCUAAGCUUGCAGAACCUCAGUGUCCUGAUCUGUAAAAUGGGCUUCUGAUCUCGUAGGACUAGAGUGAGGGCGAGAUGAGCUGAUGGCUGGAGAAAUAGCAGGAAUGUGCAGAAAGGAGCUGCUUUCUUUUGUGUCAUUUUACCUGCAGUGCCCAGAGCAGUGCCUGGCUCAUGCUAGAUAAUGGAGAUGUUUGGGAAUAAACACAAAGGAAGUAUAGCUACGCAAAACGGCAUUUUCAACAAAAGAAGGGCCCUCUAAAUAACUUAAAAAUAUGACCUUGCCUGCAUAUUGAUGGCGUGCUCUACCGGUUCUCUAAAGGCGUUCACACCUGUCUUGGGAUGCUUGGACAGGGCGGGCCUGCCCUUGCAGGGAAGUCGUAUUUAAUGCAGAGAAGCCAUUCUCUCUGGGCAACCCUGCCGAUGGGGACAGCGUUGCUGCUGCCAUGAGGUGAGGCAGGGGUGGGAUGGGAUGUGAUCAGGGCUGUGGUUUUUCAAGAAUCUCGCCUGAGCCUUUCCCCUAUUCACUGGUACCUGGUACCAAGUGGUGUUUCCUACUUAACAUAGGACUCCAAGGCUCCAGAGCUUCAGCUGCCCUGCUGCCGUUUCAGCCCUGCCUCUGUGGCCACCCUCCGCUCCGCCGGGUUCAUAAUUAUUUCUUCCCCACUAAGCUGAUGGGGAAAGGGCCACAGCCCUGGCCUGAGUCUGAGCCGGAGGGAUGCGAGUCUCUGCUGCUUCUUAACUUGCUUAUCAAACCCAUUUGUUUAGUCUUUGAGCCUUAAUUCCAACAUCGGAACAAUGGGGGUGAGGACCCUGGCUUUCCAGAGGGGCUUGUAAGGAAGAACACGGUGGGUGAGUGGGCCCGGCCAGGCAGCGCUGCAGGUUUGGGAAAUAAGGACCCACUCGCCCCGCCCCCAAAGGAGUCUGGCCAAUCAGCGGAAUGCGAGAAGAAUACUCGCAAAGCCCAGGAGUUCAUCCCAUCAGCUACCAGCCAGUAGAUCGACCAGACCAGACAGCAAAGGGAAGAAACAGGCUCCGAGUCUUCAGAAACCAUCUGAAGGUCCCCUUCUCAUGCCUGGUCCCUCUCACGCUGGUUCUCACGAAGGGGGCAUUAAAUGAAUGCGUGUUUGAAAGUCAAGGGUGGGCCCUAUGGGGGAACAGCUAAGUCAAAUCUCCUUAGAGGGAAGGAGCGCGGGCCCUGGGGAACCUGUUAGAUGGGGGUUAAACCAGGCCUGUGAGUUCAGGCAGGUUUCUGCAGCUCUCUGUGCCUCGGCUUCCCCGCCUGUGAAAUGGAGCCAAUGCUGGCUUCCAUGUAAAGUUCUGGAGCGGAAUUGAUGUGCUAGGGCAGGUUAAAGGGCUUAGCACUUUGGAAAUACUUGGUAGACGCGAACCAAAAUAAAGCUCCCAUCUCGGUGUUUUAACUUAGGAUCUGAAGAGCAUCAAAGUUGGGGAUGCUCCCUGGUCCACUUUUGCUUUGAGUUUCAGGUAGCCAUUCUCCUCUCUCCGUGCGGUUGGAAGACCUCCCUUCCUGGCUGGCCCUGCCUGGAGGGCAUCAGUGUGUGGGCUGUCUUGACUGAGCUGCCCUUUCUGCCUGGAGAUCUGGGUCUGCUGGCCGCAGGGCUACGGCACAGGCUGUGACAGCUGGCUAGACCUGGAGGCUGUGGAUUCUCCAGCUUGGAACAGCCCCUCUUUGAUCUCACAUGGUGGAGACGCAGCCCCAUGAAGGUGCCCAGCCAUGCAAUGUUCCUGGAAGGCGGUCCUCCUCCUUGCGCUGGCCUCUAUCGCCAUCCAGUACACGGCCAUCCGCACCUUCACCGCCAAGUCCUUCCACACCUGCCCGGGGCUGGCGGAAGCGGGGCUGGCCGAGCGGCUGUGCGAGGAGGGCCCGACCUUCGCCUAUAACCUCUCCCGCAAGACCCACAUCCUCAUCCUGGCCACCACCCGCAGCGGCUCCUCCUUCGUGGGCCAGCUCUUCAACCAGCACCUGGACGUCUUCUACCUGUUCGAGCCCCUCUACCACGUCCAGAACACGCUCAUCCCUCGCUUCACCCAGGGCAAGAGCCCCGCGGACCGGCGGGUCAUGCUGGGCGCCAGCCGCGACCUGCUGAGGAGCCUCUACGACUGUGACCUCUAUUUCCUGGAGAACUACAUCAAGCCGCCGCCCGUCAACCACACCACCGACCGCAUCUUCCGCCGCGGGGCCAGCAGGGUCCUGUGCUCGCGCCCCGUGUGCGACCCUCCCGGCUCCGCGGACCUGGUGCUGGAGGAGGGGGACUGCGUGCGCAAGUGCGGCUUGCUGAACUUGACCCUGGCGGCCGAGGCCUGCCGCGAGCGCAGCCACGUGGCCAUUAAGACGGUGCGCGUGCCCGAGGUAAACGAUCUGCGGGCCCUGGUUGAAGACCCCCGGUUGAACCUCAAGGUCAUCCAGCUGGUCCGAGACCCGCGUGGCAUCCUGGCUUCCCGCAGCGAGACCUUCCGCGACACGUACCGGCUCUGGCGGCUCUGGUACGGCACCGGGAGGAAGCCCUACAACCUGGACGUGACGCAGCUGACCACGGUGUGCGAGGACUUCUCCAACUCCGUGUCCACCGGCCUCAUGCGGCCCGCGUGGCUCAAGGGCAAGUACAUGUUGGUGCGCUACGAGGACCUGGCCAGGAACCCCAUGAAGAAGACCGAGGAGAUCUACGGUUUCCUGGGCAUCCCCUUGGACAGCCACGUGGCGCGCUGGAUCCAGAACAACACGCGGGGCGACCCCACCUUGGGCAAGCACAAAUACGGCACCGUGCGCAACUCGGCGGCCACAGCCGAGAAGUGGCGCUUCCGCCUCUCCUACGACAUCGUGGCCUUUGCCCAGAACGCCUGUCAGCGGGUGCUGGCGCAGCUGGGCUACAAGAUGGCCAGCUCCGAGGAGGAGCUCAAAAACCCUUCCAUCAGCCUGGUGGAGGAGCGGGACUUCCGCCCCUUCUCGUGACCGGGGCUGCGUGGUGGGGGCGAGGAGCACAUGGUGUCGGUUUUGAUAAAAGGGACCGUUUUUAACUGUUGCCUUAUUUCCCCCCCGCCCUCUGUCACCCUGUCUUUGUGUCCUCCCGGCCCCCUGUCCACCUCCUGUCCGCCCCUCACUUCCUCCUGCCUCUCUUUGUCUCUGAAAUUUGCACUAUGUCUUGGACAGGAAUCCCCGGGGCAGAGGGGGCGGGAAGUGGGGUAGAGCCCCCGCCCCACUCCGUUCAGACACACGGAUGUUGGGGCUCUGGUGGAUGGCGACAAUGUUUACAAGCACCACACUUACACUUUUGCAUACACAUGCAUACACACACGUGGGGGCCCGCGAGGAGAGACACCCCCAACCACACAACUUCUGAAGCUUUUCGAAUGGGCGCGUGGUCAGGGUAUGGUAGUGUUUGCACUGUCUUACUUCUGGAAGGUAAGAGGUUAAAAACAAAAAGGCCACCCCUCUCUAAUUUAUGAAUGGUGUCUAUCCUUCCCCAUCUUGCUUCCGCCCCAAUGCCCAUGGCCCCCGGAGCAGAGAAACUGCCCCCUCCUGCCCGCCCUUGCCUGUCGGUGAGCAGGUUUUUACUGUGAGGUGAAUGUGGACCUUGUUUAUUUUUUCCAAGUCUGUGGCAAUGCUGUUUGUCUGUCUGUCUGAGUCUUGUGGCUGCCCCUGGACCGAUGAUGGCUGAUAAAUAUUAUGGGUUUCGGAUUGAUCUUGGGGUUCAUCUCGUGAUAUUUCUCUGUGCCAAAAAAGAAAAGAAAACAAAACAAGUGGUUCAGUUUGCUAAAUGAGCAUUGAAAUGCUUUAUCUGUGUUUUCUGUAAAUAAAAGAGUGCAAUAACA